GCGAAGCUUUGUACCUACACGAACGGUCAUCGGUACAAUUGUGAAAUUCAGUUCAGUUGCAAUAGGAAAAAUACGUUUAAAUUGACUCAUCUCUUUUCUUGUUUCGAAGAAUUCACCUGAAAGAAUCCUAUAGGAAGAUGAACCAGAAUGGAGUGCUUGCCCUAGAACACCUGGAAUUGCCUUCGGCGGGUUCAUUCGCCGCCUACUGCCGGCUGUGCUUGGCCAGGGACAAUCUGGUGGAGAAUCCGGAGUGUUUGUCCUCGGACGAUGACGAAACUAGUGCGACGCAAGCAGUUCGGCUGACGGAACUUAUUUUCGAAUGCACCGAUGUACGGCUGUCACCGGACAAUGAAGCCCCCUGCGCUGUCUGUCAGCCCUGCUUGCGCUCUCUGAUGGAAUUCUAUCGCUUUCGGGCCCGCGCCAAGCGAGUUGAUGAACUUAUCAAAUCUAGACAAUUAGUGAAACCAACUAGCGCAAAUGAAACUGAUAAGACUGACCUAGAACAAGAACAACAACAACAACUUCCAGCAAACAAUCAAUUAGAAGAUCCCAAAGGUCAAACGUUGGACCAAUCGAAGCGAAGCCUCCCUUACGAAGAGGUUCGUACCGAAAGCGCCCCGAACACGCUCCACCCGAAAAAGACCCCGACCGUCACGGCCGAACCUCGGAAGCGUCCCUCCGGGGACUUCCUAGCCGUGGGGGUGAAGCGACCUCGCCCCAAGCUAAUCCCCACUCCGGUGAUCAUUGCCUCGGCUGGCAGCGUCGGAAAGUACCGCUGCCGGUACUGCCCGAAGUCUUUCAAAUCGGCCGCCGGCUUGACGGAGCACUCGCGCAACCACAACCGCCCGCAUCAGUGCCCGAACUGUCUGGAACAGUUCCAGCAUGCGCCGUCGCUGGCCCGACACGUGCGCAACCGCACCUGCUUCACCUUUACCAAGUAUCGGUGCCGCGUGUGCACCGAGAGCUUCCUGGAGCAGGCGGACUGGGCCGAGCACAUCAAGAUCCACGCCAGCGACUUCCCGUACCAGUGCCAGGAGUGUCUGUCGCAGUUCAAGCACAAGGCCACGUUGCGCCGUCACGUCAAUACGGUGCAUCUGCUGCAAUACUAGUCAUUCUGGGUUACUUGGAUCUUUUGCUCACGCAAACAAUGAGUCAAUGACGUAGCACAGUUAGUAGUAGCAAAUGUCUCCUGAUAAUGGAUCUUCACGGACGGUAUAUUUUAGAUUUAACAAAAAAUUGCACAAAAAAUGUGAGAAAUAGUGGCAAUUAUCGUAUUUAUUUGAUGUGAUUUAUUUUUAGGCGAAAUAAAUUUUAAUUUGAACACGUUCCAAAUGAAGUGGUUUGUGAUAUGAACUC